AAAAUCAGUGUUGUUUGUUGACGGAUGAUGAAAUAGUUGCAAAUUUAGUGUCUAUCGUUUUUUAGUAAGAGUUCUAGAAGUGUCGUCAUACGAUUCGGUAUCUGGCGAAGUUCAUUCAUUUGUCACGAUUAGUUCAAUUAAAAGUGCGACAAGAAGGUAAUUUAGACUAAUUGGCAACUUAGAAGCAGACCCAAAGGAUCAGUCUAUCCAACUUUUGUAAUUCGGAGGAGGCCAUUUAGCCCAAUGAUGUUGUCCGUGGCAAGAGUUUGCCGUGCAUCAUUGCCAUUGGCCAAGACAUCACUGAUCACCACCUCCCACUCGCCAGCUUGUCCUGCGCCUCUGAGGAUCCAGUUGUGGCGGAGCUUUACCAAUGAGGGCCGAGACCCUUUUACUAGGACUGGGAGAAGGAGGAGAACACUGAAAGAAAUCGCUAUGCAACCCACUGAGGGUGCACCUUUUGCCAUUGGUCGAGCUGCCGUGGCUGGGGGUGCAGUUGUCGGACUAGGAGCUCUUUGCUUCUAUGGUCUCGGCCUAGCAAGUAGACCAGGAGCCAUUGAUCAAUCCAUGAUGUGGCCAGAGUACGUGAAGGAGAGAGUGAAGGCUACUUAUGCUUACCUUGGAGGCUCCAUAGUCCUGACAGCUGCUAGUGCAGUCGCUUGUUUCCGUUCACCCACUAUGAUUAGACUGAUGAGUCAGAACUCAUUUUUGGCAAUCGCAGGAACCAUGGCAGCAAUGAUCGGAUCCGGGAUGGUUGCCCGCAGCAUCCCGUACCAACCUGGGUUCGGCACUAAACAGCUGGCAUGGAUGGUGCACACUGGAGUGAUCGGGGCAGUCAUCGCCCCCAUGUGUCUACUGGCUGGCCCGCUUGCUAUCCGAGCUGCAUGGUACACAGCCGGUGUUGUUGGUGGCUUGUCGGCAGUGGCAGUGUGUGCUCCAAGUGACAAGUUUCUAAACAUGACUGGUCCACUUGCCAUCGGCCUGGGAGUUGUAUUUGUUUCCUCACUUGGUUCCAUGUUUCUGCCACCCACAACUGCUCUUGGAGCUGGUCUGUACUCCAUCUCUCUGUACGGAGGCUUGCUGCUGUUCUCUGGGUUCCUGCUCUACGACACGCAACGCAUCAUUCGAACCGCCGAGACCUAUCCUCAGUACUCUGCUAGACCGUUUGACCCUGUCAAUGCGUCUAUUUCUAUCUACAUGGACACAAUCAAUAUUUUCAUACGAAUUUUGGCCAUUCUUAUGGGUGGUGACAGGAAGAGGAGAUAAACAUUGAACAUGUGAAUAUGAUAUUAAUCAGUUAUUUCAAAAAUUUUCAAAAUGUUUCAUGUUGUUUAAAAAAAUAUUACUACUUCACUGCUGUACCAAAAUUGGAUUUUACUGGUAUAUUAAGUUUUGGGUUUAAUAUUACAAAUUAGCCGAAUAAAGUUUUGGAAUUGAGAUUUUAAUCAUUUCUUUAGCCUAAUUAAUUUAUUGUCCAUUGUAUAAAAGUAUGUGGAAGUAGAUUGUAAAUUACGUUAGCUUUAUAGUACUUUUAAGAUCUAACUUUAAAAAGUGAAAGACUGUGCUUUAAGAUACUGAUGUAAAUAUUGAAUAAAAAUACAAACAAUAAAAUUAU